AUGUUUUCUACGGGUCCAAUGUUUUUGACACACGAAGCUUCAUCUUAUUCAAAUCGUUCUUCUUUAGAUAUCCUUUCUCCUGAACUCUAUGGAAAAUAUGUAUAUAAUUCAUCGUAUGCUCUAUUUCGACAUUUAAAAGCUUCAUCUUGGCAUGGUAAUGAUGCAUCAAUGAUAAAAUAUAUUUAUCGUUGGCGAUAUAUAUUCAUUUUUGCAUUGAUUAUUAUCUUAAUUACGAUUUUUGCUGUAAUCUAUAUCAUCCAACAAUAUCAGACAAUUAUUAAAAUGAUUUAUCAAACUUAUUUAACCAUGUUAUUAAAUUUAAAUCAUUCAAAAAUAAAAGAACAAGCUUUAACACAUAGGAAAUAUUUUCGUAUAUUGUUAUUAAAUUUUGUUUUGUUUUAUUUUUCUAUACUUGCUUUAUAUAAAAUGAUAUAUCCAUCAUUUGUUGAUCAUGGUAAUAUUUCCUCAUGA